AUGAAUUAAAAACUUUGGAUCUAAAUUCCUAAUGAAAUAAGAUAGAGAAAUGACAAAUCUAUCUUAAAAUCUGAAUUUAUUAAAUUGAAAAAAAAUAAAGCUAGAAUCUUAUAUGGUUAUGAUCAUUACAUUCUACUUGCAAAAAAACCAGAUUAACCUCCGUGCAAAUAUCUCAAACUUGAUUUUGAGACCAAAUUUGAAAUAAUUAGAACACCUGUUCAAAAAAAAGACGAAGAUGAUGACUCUUUGGGCCAAAUAAUUGGAUUGAAUUUGAUGAGGGAAUCUGGUCAAGGAGAACUUCCUACCUACAAAUUAUAAGGAAACGAAAAAUUAAUAAUUUAAUGGAGAGAAUUUUUUCAAUCAAGAAUAAAUUAAUGGCAAUUUCAUUAACUUUUUAGAGUCUUCAAAAAAAUUGGAAAGGGUAAUUUUGCAUCUGUUUAUUUGGUGGAAAGAAUAGAAGACGGUGUUUAAAUGGCGAUCAAAGCUUUUUGCAAAUAAGCUGCCUAUGCUGAAGAAAAUGGGAAAUAAGCUAUUGUAAAUGAAUUAUCAAUCAUGAGAAAAUUAAAUCAUAAUCAUCUUAUGAGAAUGCAUGAAAUAUACGAAACAAACAACUCUUUAUAUGUGGGAUUAGAACUGUUGUAAGGGGGCUCACUCUACGAUUUGAUCAAGGAAAAAGUUAUUCUUUCUACCAAAUAAAUACAAUAGAUUUUAGUAGGUAUCCUAUAAGGAUUGUGCCAUAUGCAUCAGAAAGAAAUCAUGCAUAGAGAUUUGAAAUUAGAAAAUAUUUUAUUUAAAUAAUCAAAAAAAAUGGAUUCAGUUGUAGUGGCAGAUUUUGGUUUAGCUACAUCUGUAAACGAGCCUGUUUAUUUAUAUUGCAGAUGUGGAACACCAGGCUAUGUUGCCCCAGAAGUCAUCAAUAUGAAAGAUAUGAAAGGUCACUAUAGUUCAGUUUGUGAUAUCUAUAGUCUAGGCCUUGUAUUUUACUUAUUAUUAACAGGUAAACCACCAUUUCCUGGUAAGAGUUAUGCAACAGUUGUUAAAUAAAAUAGAGAAGCUAAUGUUGAUUUUUCAAUAAAGUAAUUACAAAAUGCUCCUAAUACUGCUAUUGAUCUUUUGAGAAGAAUGCUUGAAAAGGACCCUUAAAAAAGGAUAACUUCUUCUUAAUGUUUGUAGCAUCCAUUUCUAUAAGAAACUAAUUAAUUGAUGCUUGAAGACAAUUAGAAUGAUUUUAUAGAUGAAGGGGAAGAAAGUGAUUUAUGUUCAAGAAUGAAUGCAUUAAAUGAGGAAUCUGCAAAAUUUGAUGCCUUCAGAAGGAAUUAAUUAAUUAACUCUCCAUAAUCAUCUCCUGGAGUGUUGGCAACAAAACAACUUAAAUAAUAAAAAAUUAUUGAUUCCUAGAACUCUUUGUAAAUGAAUUCACCUCUAUUUAAUGGAAAAACUGAUAGUGUUGAUUCUAUCCCGAAUAUUGGACUUCAUUAAACUCAAUAAUAAACUACUUUUCAAGCUUCACCUAUGAUUAAACCUUCUCGCUUUAAAUAAACUAUCCCCCAACAAAUCUAAUAAUAAGAAAACCCAUUAUUAAAAUAUACCAAUAAAAAGGAAUGAAAUUAGUUUAUCUUUAGAGUAAUUAACUUUUAUUCGAAUAUUUUCAUAA